GGGGUGGAGGCGGGAGCGGAGCCGGGCGCCGCCGGAGCUGCGGGGGGAGCGCUCGCUGGCUAGCUGGCUCUCCGCUGCGCUGCGCUGCGCUCCGGCCGCUCCCGCGGCCCGUGGAUGGGGGUGUCCGGCUGAGCCCCGGGAUCCGCCUCCCUCCGCCAGGACCCGCACAGAUAAACUCAUCCUGAAAGUCGCUGUUGUUCUCCUGCUGAGCAAGAAUGGAGGCCCCACUGGUGAGUCUGGAUGAAGAGUUUGAGGACCUUCGACCCUGCUGCUCGGAGGACCCGGAGGAGAAACCCCGGUGUUUCUAUGGUUCAUCUCCCCACCAUCUCGAGGACCCCUCCCUCUCUGAGCUUGAGAAUUUUUCUUCCGAAAUAAUCAGCUUCAAGUCCAUGGAGGACCUCGUGAAUGAAUUUGAUGAGAAGCUCAAUGUCUGCUUUCGGAACUACAACGCCAAGACCGAGAACCUAGCUCCCGUGAAGAACCAGUUACAGAUCCAAGAGGAGGAGGAGACCCUUCAGGACGAGGAGGUCUGGGAUGCUCUGACAGACAAUUACAUCCCUUCACUGUCAGAAGACUGGAGGGAUCCAAACAUCGAGGCUCUGAAUGGCAACUGCUCUGACACUGAGAAUUCCAUCUCCCCACCUCCUCUCCAGAUCCAUGAGAAAGAAGAGGAAGAAUUCAAUGAGAAGAGCGAGAAUGAUUCUGGUAUCAACGAGGAGCCUCUGCUCACAGCAGAUCAGGUAAUUGAGGAGAUUGAGGAGAUGAUGCAGAACUCCCCAGACCCUGAGGAAGAAGAGGAGGUUCUGGAAGAAGAGGAUGGAGGAGAAACCUCCUCCCAGGCAGACUCGGUUCUCCUGCAGGAGAUGCAGGCGUUGACACAGACCUUCAACAACAACUGGUCCUAUGAAGGGCUGAGGCACAUGUCUGGAUCUGAGCUGACCGAGCUGCUGGACCAGGUGGAGGGUGCCAUCCGCGACUUCUCGGAGGAGCUGGUGCAGCAGCUGGCCCGCCGGGACGAGCUGGAGUUUGAGAAGGAAGUGAAGAACUCCUUUAUCACGGUGCUUAUUGAGGUUCAGAACAAGCAGAAGGAGCAGCGAGAACUGAUGAAAAAGAGGCGGAAAGAGAAAGGGCUGAGCCUGCAGAGCAGCCGGAUAGAGAAGGGAAACCAGAUGCCUCUCAAGCGCUUCAGCAUGGAAGGCAUCUCCAACAUUCUGCAGAGUGGCAUCCGCCAGACCUUUGGCUCCUCAGGAAGUGACAAACAGUAUCUGAACACAGUCAUUCCUUACGAGAAGAAAGCCUCCCCUCCCUCAGUGGAAGACCUGCAGAUGCUGACAAACAUUCUCUUUGCCAUGAAGGAGGAUAAUGAGAAGGUGCCUACUUUGCUAACGGACUACAUUUUAAAAGUGCUCUGCCCGACCUAACCUUGCCCUUUGGAGCAGCCUCGCUGCAGGAGGUCACUGAACAAGAGUCAUUCCAUCACAGGGACUGCAUGACACCACGUAACCUCCGACGUGUAUUUAAACGUGUAUAGCUUAACCCGGAUUAAACAUGAGCAAACGCGCGGGGUCCUUUGCUGUUGGCUUCUAGUGCUAGUAACCAUUGGAUGCAUGAUGGGGCAGGGCCGGUGAUGGUGCCUCCCCUUGCUGGUGUCGGAGAGGGGAAGGCAGCCGCUUUCACUGCUCAUUAUGUAGUUUGGCUCCAGCCCUCAAAAACAGCUUAUACUGUAAGACUAAUUUUGAAAUAAAACCUUCAUUUAAGUAAUA